UCCACCCCUUCUCUCUCUCUCUCUCUCUCUCUCUCUCUCUCUCUCUCUCUUAUUACUGUGUGCACACAUCCGACGGUGUUAGAGUGUGUUGUGGACGGUGAUGUGGACGGUGAGACAGGUGACAUGGCACGGCUGCACACAAACAUGGCCAGGAUGAAAGUGAGAAGGAACUUAUUGCUCUGCACUGCCGGAGUAUGUUUGCUGUCUCUGAUAUACUGCUUUAAAAUUCUCCAUCAGGAAGCUCUGCUACAGAGACUGUACUCUUACAGCUCUCAGCUGUCAGGAUUCAAAGAUUUCCUCUGGGAAGACAAACUGUCCACGUCAAUUGUCUACGACACGGCUAAGCAGAAGGCAAUUAGGCUGCAAACAAGUCAGAGGACGAACCCAGCAAAUGAAGAUUUGCUCCUGCUGAAUUCCUCAGGCCUUCAUAAACAAUCGUACAUUCUGCAGGAUGAGCCUGCAUCGUAUUUCAUCCUCACUGAGAGAGGAGCUCUGUGCUUUACUGAAGGAACAGAAAUGGGAUCAAAAACACCAGAAGAUGCCAUGGUUGAUGAACCUCAAAGUGUGCUUCGGAAGCAACGUGUAAAAAAUGAAAGCAUUCAUGAAGGUCAGCCGGUCAUAAUGUUAAGGCAGGCAUCAAAUUGUGUUUGCCACCAAGGUUGGCAUGGCCCUAACUGUGGCAUUCCUACAGUGGUGCAACACUCAAAUCUUCCGACCAAAUCACAUCUGAAGCCCAGGAAGGUUCCACGACGAAUCAUAAACGCCAUCAACAUCAAUCAUGAGUUUGAUAUGCUGCAUGCAAGAUUUCAUGAACUAGCAGAUGCUGUGGAUCUCUUUCUGGUGUGUGAGUCGAAUUACACUGCAUAUGGUGAGGCCAAGCCCUUGAUGUUCCUUCGACUUCUCCUCAACGGAACGUUUGAUUAUGUGAAGAACAAAAUCGUCUACAUCUUCCUGGACCAUUUCCCCAAAGGCGGCCAAGUGGACGGCUGGAUUGCAGAUGAUUACCUGCGCACUUACCUGACCAAAAACGGAUUGCUAAGGAUUCAGGGUCUGAGACCCGAUGAUGUGUUCCUUAUAGAUGAUGCAGAUGAGAUUCCGCUUCGGGAAGGAAUCCUUUUCCUCAAAUUGUAUGAUGGUUGGACAGAACCAUUUGGGAUUCACAUGCGGAAGUCAUUGUAUGGAUUUUACUGGAGGCAGCCAGGAACAUUGGACAUUUUAUCUGGAUGCACCAUUGGCAUGCUUCUUGCCGUCUAUAAAGGGGACGGAAUCCUGCUACGACGUCGGGCUUAUUACACCAUGUCAGAUUUCCGGGAGUACGAAAAGAAGUCAGGACAAGUUUUAAUGCCGUGGUCCAUCGGAAGCCCGAUUCACUACGCAGGAUGGCAUUGCUCAUGGUGUUUCACACCAAAAGGAAUUUAUUAUAAACUGAUUUCUGCACAAAAUGGAGAUUUUCCCCGCUGGGGGGACUAUGAGGAGAAACGGAAACUGAGUUACAUCAGGGAGUUAAUAAGAACCGGUGGAUGGUUUGAUGGGUCAGAAUCAAACUAUCCUCCAACAGACCCUAAAGAGCACAUGUUUGCACCCAAAUAUCUGCUGGAUAAUUAUAAGAAGUAUAUCUUUUUGCUGGAGAAUCCAUAUGCUAAAGGGUAAAAAGCACGAUUUACUUCCUAAAUGAAGGCUGGACUACACAAAAUGCUACUUAAUUUCAGGAGUUUAACUUAUGUAAAGUCACUUCCAAAAUCCAGCAGUUGAAAAGUCAUGAUUUUUCUGAUAGUUAUAUAUAUACACAUAGUUCUUCCUCUAUUAAAAAAACAUUACACACAGGAAGGGAGGAAAGACUGAUUCUCAUAUUAGGAGAUACCAAAGUCAGACCAGCUGUGUGAGGCUUUAUGUGAUAUAUUAACUUAUUCCAAACGAGUGGCUAGUUUACCGUUAAUUAAGCAAGCAAUACAAUAUAUUUAAUCAGGAGAGUGCCAAGUGACAUUUAACCAAACAAAUGUCUAGCUUACUUUUAACCAGGUGAGUCACUAAUUUCUUUAAAACUAAGCAAGUGGCUAGUUUACCUUUAAUCAAGUGAGAAGCUACUUUUAAGCAGAAGCGUGCCUAGUGGCCUUAAACAAAACAAGUGUCUAAUUUAUUCAUAACCAGGUAAGUCUCUAAUUUCUUUAACCAGGUGAGCGGCUAGUUAUCAUUCAUCAGGUAACUAGUAGCCUUUACCCAGGUGAGUUUCUACUUUCCUUCAGUCAGGUGAUUGUCUUUGUCCAGGUAAUUAGCUAGUUGCCUUUAUCCCAAAUGGUUGGUGGCCUUUACCCAAUGGCGAAUGGCGUGAUGCCAGGCAGGUCAGCAAGUCACUUCCUCCUAACCCUUCUCCAAACAAAAGCUGCUGCAGUGCGAGAAAACACUGGAGCCUCUUUCUCCAAGAGCAGCAGCAGAAAUCUGAGACUUUCUCCAGGUUUUAUCUCUGGUACAGUCGUCUCACUGGAAAAUGUCAUUGGAACAACCUUCAUUAGGGACAUUCGGUCCUUUCCUCACAGGUAUUUUGUUUCUGUCUGGUUUUUAUCAAUAGAAAUAAACAAACCCUGUAAAGCACAUAGUCAGAAAAACAAGGAGGAAUCAUGAGGAUGAACUCCAAUACACUCACAAUAACCAGAGGGUGUGUGUGUGUGUGUGUGUGUUCAGAAGAAUCUUCAGUGAAAAGUCCCUCAAAAUAGAAACAACUCUAUCUUUUAUUUUUCGUUUAGUGUUCAGCUGCAGAUCAUCUGUUUGUAGUCAGACACAGGACAGAGCAGUUGAAAACUAUAGACUAAAGAAUGAACUCUUGAGCCCUGACCUUACACAUAAUCAGAGGCAUUUUAUACAGCUCACAGUGAUGACGCGUGCGAUUGAAGGUGUAAUUAAGGCUAAUAGUAGUGUCUUCGCUCUUCGUUGACGCAGCCUUGAUUAUUUAACCUUUGCUCUAAACAUGCCCAGAAUGCUAGCCUCUAGUUGUUAGUCACCCCCUUGUUUCUAUUUCACUGCUGUUUGAGCCUAGACUAGCAACUAGUGAGUGUAUGGAGCUCAAACUACAUCACCUCUGAACCCUAACUGCUCAAGACAUUUUCAUCUUUAACAUGAAAAUGUUGUAAUAAAUCAUCACGAGGGACCAAGGUGAAUGCUAAUGAACGCUAAUGUUUAUCUUUGGGAUACUUUAAUAAAGAACAGUGAGAGGACAGCUAAAAAAUCCUACUUUUAAUAAUAGAAUAAACCGCUCAUUAUCUAUGCUAGCUCAAUAACGGGUCAGUUCAGGUUUAUUCCACAUGGUUAUUUUGAGCGUCGGUGAGUCGAUGCUGGAUUUGUAAAGAAAAAUGAAAGCUUAGCUGAGAAUGUAAAUGUAUUGAUUUAUUUUUUAUUUAUGUUCUGAUAACAGUAACGAAGAUGUUUUUUUGGAUUAUUUGUAAAUUUAAACUGGAUAAAUUGAUAAAAUGUAUGACGUGCCAUUUGUUAAUAAAUCGUUGACAAACGUC